ACACAGUACAGUAGCACACACACUAAUUUGUGCUUGAUCAAAAAUGGACACGUGCCACACCACAAUCUACAUUUAUUUAAUGAUCGCAACAUCUGUAUCUCCAUCAGAAGGUGAUGCUUUGGAGAUUUUUCCAGCACAAAUUUUUGGACCCUCCACAGCAAAAGUUGGUGAAAAUUUAGAGUUAAAGUGUCUCAUCUCUAACAUUCAGAGCUCAAAUACAGAAGUGUACAUGUAUUUGUGUAAAAAUGGAGUUGGAGAGAGAUUAGAAAUAUUUGUAAAUAAAGAUGAGCACACCUUCACUUUGAGGAAUAUUUCAUUACGGGACUCUGGGACCUACAGUUGCGUGUACUCAUUUACAAGAUAUCUUCCAAAGAAUGUCACAGGAUCAGGAAUGAAUUCAAUCCAUGUCCGAGUCACUGGUGAUGCGUUGAAAAUGUUUCCAGCGCAAAUUUUUGGACCCUCCGCAGCAAAAGUUGGGGAAAAUGUAGCAUUAACAUGCAGCAUCUCUAACAUCCAGAGAUCAAAUACAGAAGUUCACGUGUAUUUGGUUAAAAAUGGAGUUGGAGAGAGAUUAGAAAUAUUUGGAAAUAAAAAUGAGCACACCUUCACUUUGAGGAAUAUUUCAUUACGGGACUCUGGGACCUACAGUUGCGUGUACUCAUUUACAAGAUAUCUUCCAAAAAACGUCACAGGAUCAGGAAUGAACUCAAUCCAUGUCCGAGUCACUGCUCAUGUUCUUCCAGAUCCACUGUCGGAGAGAAAUAUUUUACGAUUAGUAUUCUCGGUUGGAGUGAUCAUUUUUGCAUGUUUCAUCGUGAUUUUCGACUUCAAGACAAGGUCACGUUCUUCCAGAAAGUUCACCAGCUCAGUCAAAGCCAAGGAUAGAAAUAAUUCAUAAAAUUCAACAUGUUUAGUCUGAUGUCAACAUUUUGUUUGUAUUUCAUUUUUUAAGUCACUUUGGAUAAAAGCAUCUGCUGAAUGAAUGUAAUUAAUGUAAUGUAAAUGUCAACAUUUCAGUCUUGUUUAUCAUCAAAUAUGUUUGUUUUUUUGGCUGAUGUACAGUAUGCAACUGAAUAUACAGACGGGUGACUAGUUACAGGUCUGGAAGUGAAAAGUUAUGAGAAUAUUCAGGAGCCGACAUGGUGAAAUGUUUCUUCUGGAAUCACCAAUGGUACUAGAGUAAAAUGGUAAAUGUUCAGGAGAAUUCAGUCAUAGCAGCGUUGUUUAAGUUCAACAGAAGUGACGAAGCCGUGAUAGAACGUUAAUGUUAAUUAGAAGGCUGUACAAAAAUACUGUAUAUACUGAAAUGUACUAUUACUUUAAUCUUUUUCCUUUAUGUGUAUUUCUACUAUGCAGUCUAAUAAAUGUGUUAUUAGUGAAUUUAAUUUAACGGUCAUUUGCUGACAGUGUAAGCUGGUAUAAUGGGAGCUGUGUUACAACUGCAUGAGUGUGUAAAUUUUUAUUUUGUGGUCAAUAGUGGAAUAGAAAAUCUUAAGAACUAAGUGAAUGUGAGAAUUUAAAAACAUUUCUGUUUAUAGUCAGAUUACUAACUUUUAAUUUUGGUAUAGAAAAAAAAAAGUUUCUAUAUAAAGUUUUGAAGUUUGUGUCCAUGAUGAAUUGUUCCA